AGGUGGUUCUGCUACUCUAAUUCCGUUUCUAAGUUACGGUAUGGGCGAUGUUUGCAAAAGCUGCGGAAAGACAGAUUUUGUAAAUGAUAUGGUGACUGGAGAUCGCAUUUGCACUUUCUGUGGGAACGUGCAGUUACAAAACAUGCUUUCGGAGGAACCGGAGUGGAGAGCGUACAAGGAAGAAGGAAAUGCUUACGACGAUGCAAGAGUCAACACCUUAUCGGACUCGAUUAUUCCUUCGAAUUCCCUGUCUACCGAUUUCAUACUAGAUGGGCGAGACCUGGACACGAAGUCCUCUAAACUGGUGAGGCGCAUGGAAGACCCUCAGGAGCUCAAGCGCACCCGCAGACUCCUCAGCAUCCACUCCAUUAUCCAGGAAACAGCCAACCAGCUCGAUGUGCCCCAGAACGUCCCCAUCUGUGCAUUCGACAUCUACUCUCGAUGCUUCACUCUAAUGCACAUCCGCGGCAAGCGUUCCGAAGUGAUCGUCUCGGCCUGCUUCUACCUCGCAUGCCGCCUCACCGGCUGCUACCGUCUCCUAAGCGAGAUCGUGGGGGUUGUUCUCGCGGACAUCCGCAAAGUGACGCAUUUGACGCAGAUUAUCAUCACGGAGCUGAAGCUUUCCGUGCCAAUCCCCUCCGAUCAAGACUAUAUUCGCAGGUACUGCGCGUGUCUGAUGCUCCCUGCGGACGUGGCGUCGCUGGCGUUGCGGCUGGCGAGCUGCAUUCGGGAAGGGAAGUAUCCCAAUUGCUGAUGGCGAGUAGGUUGAGCGAUGUGGAGGACGGGCCCUCGGUGGAACUGCUAGCCACCAUCGCCAGCAAAUCGGAGAAGAACAUUGUGAGGCUGUAUAAGGCGGUGUACACGCACUGCGAUUCGAUUUUGGUGGCGGUGUAUAAGGAUGAUGCGAAGGUGACUGCCAAAGUGAUUAUGAAAAUGACGCAGAAGCUCGACCCGAAGCGUUUGUAACUUAGUUUGUCUGUAUUAUAUAUAUGAACUACUCUCUAUGCGAUGGUU